CUUGCUCGGCAGCAUGUUUACGGAAGUGCGUCUGAUGAAUGAACACUACAUUAUCGUCCGUGUCUAUGUGGAAUGUAGAACAACUGUCACGUAUAGUUAAUUUGUCUCAUUUAGAAUAGUAGCUACUGUCAUAUGUCUAAGGAUGAAGCUAGCUAGGCCACAAAGGCAGUAGCUAGCAGCCAAAAAACGUCAACGUCGCAACAUCUCAGAAGCAAGAGGUUCUCAUUGUAGACCUGACCAGACCUCUCUCCAGCACCAUGUGGGACCAGGAGAUCAGACAGAUGGCGUCCAGCCACGCCAUCAUGGCGUCAGGGGUGUUUAUGGCGACAGUGGUGCCAGCGGUGCUAGUGCCAGGUUUCUCUGUGUACGGGACCCACCUGCUGUGGCUGUACUCUGUUGCCGGGGCCGUUGCCGUGGUCAACAUCACCCUGUUCUGGCUGCUGGGGGUCAGCUCCCCCACCAAGAAACACACUAUCACCUACAAGGUGUCUAGGUUGGUACGUUCCUGUCUCUACCUGCUCCUUUCCUGUCUGUUCUUCCACACUGUAGUGAUCCUGUAUGGAGCACCGCUACUGGAGACUGCGUUGGAGACGUUCUCUCUGGCGGUGUUGUUGACCAGUCUAACCACUCUGAGGUGUGUCUGUGUCCUCGGGCCCAACGUCCAGGCUUGGAUAAGAGUGUUCAGUCGACAUGGGGCCAUGUCGGUGUGGGACACCUCUCUACAGAUGGUGGUUGGCUGCAGUGUUGUCGGAGCCUGGCUAGGAGCCUUCCCCAUCCCAUUGGACUGGGACCGGCCCUGGCAGGUGUGGCCCGUCUCCUGCAGUCUGGGUGCAGUGAUUGGUUACCUGACUGGGCUAGUCGCCGCCCCCGCCUGGAUCCACUGGCACCGCAAACACCUCACCUACAAGAUCAAGUGAUGGACUGGGGAGAGAGUGAGUGAGGAUGUGAUGGACUGGGGAGAGUGAGUGAGGAUGUGAUGGACUGGGGAGAGUGUGCGUUUCUAUACGUGCAUAUGGUUUAUAUGUCAGUCCUCCAGGCAGCUGAUCCAUUAUCCCUGUAGUAUUCCUGCUGUAUUCCAUUGGUAUCUGAAUAUGUACUGGACUGUUGGAGUGGACAGGCUCUCUCCUGUAAAAUAUGUUGCCGUCAAAAAAGAUUCCAGACUUCCCUUUUGACAAAUAAAGUCUUAGUUCUCUA